AUGUCUGUGCCAGAAAUACUACCCCUAGAGAUUAUUGAUAAGACGAUCAGUCAACCUGUUUGGAUCGUUCUGCAGUCGAACCGUGAGUUUACGGGUACAUUGGUUGGGUUUGACGAUUUCGUAAACGUUAUCAUUGAAGAUGCCGUCGAGUGGGUUUACAACAGUAAAUUCGAGGAUGAAAAAAUUCUAGAGCACCAUGGUAGAAUGCUGCUUAGUGGGAAUAACAUUGCGAUGCUAGUGCCAGGUGGUAGGAAAUAA